AUGCCCAUCCCCCCAGACGACCCGCGCAUCCGCCUCGUCAAGCUCGCCUUCGUGACAUACUACCACCGCGACGUGCACGAGGCAUCCAAGUUCCUGGUCGACUUUGGGUUCGAGAUUGCCGAGCAGCGCGGCGGCGACGACGACGAGGCCAUCUUCUUCACGGGCUAUGGGCCCGAUCCGUACUGCUACGUGGCGCGGCGCGCUGAGGACGGCGUGCCCCGGUUCGGCGGCGCCGCGUACGUGGUCGAGUCGGCGGGAGAGCUCGAGCGGGCGAGCAGACAGAUUCCCGGCGCGUCGAUGGUGCGCGACCUAGACGCACCGGGGGGAGGGCGCAUCGUCACACUGACAGACCCGGUCGGACACCUCGUGCACCUGGUGCACGGGAUCCGCGAGAAGGCAGGCAGCGGCGAGGCGUCGCCAGCGAAGAACCUGCAGAAACGGGUAGUCAACUACACGGACGAGAAGCGACGAGUGGGAAAAUUCCAGCGGUUCCAAGCCGGGCCUGCGCCCGUGCACAAAUGCGGCCACUACGGCGUGAGCUACCCUCCUGGCCGGUACGGGGACAUGGUGGCGUGGUACACGGGCCAGCUCUCGCUGGCGUUCAGCGACAAGGUGACGAUCGAGGGGGCCGAGGCCGUCUCGUUCUUCCACAUCGACCGCGGCCUCGAGUACACGGACCACCACUCGUUCUACAUCAAGCCGACACGCGAUAACGAACCCCCAGGCGUCGCCCACAGCGCCUUCGAGGUGCACGACUACGACGUCCAGCAGCUCGCGCACAACUACCUCGAGUCCCGGGGCUACCGGCUUUCGUGGGGCGUCGGCAGGCACGUCCUGGGCAGCCAGAUCUUUGACUACUGGUACGACGAGUCGGGCUUUGAGCUGGAGCACUACGCCGACGGGGACCUAGUCAACUGCGAGUCCGAGGUGACGGUGCAGGAGAACGGGCCGCAUACCAUGUAUAUCUGGGGACCGCCUCGGCCGGCCGCACGGGUAUGA